CGACAGCAUGUCCGAGGACGGUCUGGAGACAAUGAUCAAGGAAUCCUCGAUACUAGACGAGUAUGCUAUUAACUGGACGCAGAAGCUGGGAGCUGGAAUCAGUGGGCCUGUACGAGUAUGCAUGAAAAAAUCAACUGGGGAAAGGUUUGCACUAAAAAUUCUCCUUGAUCGUCCAAAAGCAAGAAAUGAGGUUCGACACCACCUGAUGUGUGUGGGUCACAGUAAUAUUGUUCAGAUCAUUGAAGUUUACGCCAACAGCGUCCAGUUCCCCCAUGAGUCCAGUCCAAGGGCUCGGCUGCUAAUUGUGAUGGAGAUGAUGGAAGGCGGGGAGCUGUUUCACAGAAUCAGCCAACACAAGCACUUUACAGAGAAAAUGGCAAGUCAGGUCACAAAACAGAUCGCUCUGGCUAUUCAGCACUGUCACUCCCUAAACCUUGCCCACAGAGACCUCAAACCCGAGAACCUCCUCUUUAAGGACAACUCGCUGGAUGCUCCAGUUAAACUGUGCGACUUUGGGUUUGCCAAAAUCGAUCACGGGGACCUGAUGACUCCACAGUUCACUCCAUAUUAUGUAGCACCACAGGUACUUGAGGCCCAGAGGAGGCAUCAGAAAGAGAAAUCUGGAAUAAUACCUACCUCACCCACUCCCUACACAUACAACAAGAGUUGUGACCUGUGGUCGCUGGGCGUAAUCAUUUACGUGAUGCUGUGUGGAUACCCACCGUUUUAUUCCAACCAUCACAGUCGGACAAUCCCAAAGGACAUGCGGAAAAAGAUCAUGACAGGAAGUUUUGAAUUCCCUGAGGAGGAGUGGAGUCAGAUUUCCGAGAUGGCGAAGGACAUUGUGAGAAAGUUGCUAAAAGUCAAGCCCGAGGAGCGACUAAGUAUCGAAGGGGUGCUGGCUCAUCCCUGGUUGAACUCCACAGAGGCUUUAGAUAAUAUUUUACCAUCUUCCCAGAUGAUGAUGGACAAGGCAGUAGUUGCUGGGAUCCAACAAGCCCAUGCAGAACAGCUGGCCAGCAUGAGAAUUCAGGAUCUGAAAGUCAGCCUUAAACCUCUAAACUCUGUUAAUAACCCAAUUCUACGCAAGAGGAAGCUGCUUGGCACGAGGCCGAAGGAUGGUGUGUAUAUCCACGACCCCGAGAACGAUAUAGAAGAUUCCAACGUCGCCCUGGAGAAACUGCGAGAUGUCAUCGCACAGUGUAUUCUACCGCAGGCUGGCGAGAAUGAAGAUGACAAGCUGAACGAGGUGAUGCAGGAGGCGUGGCACUACAACAAGGAGUGUAAAUGUCUAAGGGACGCUCUCCAGAGUCUCGGCUGGAACGGUGAGCGAGCAGGGAGACAGUUUGGUGAUAAAGUGGAUCGGCUCAAACUAGCAGAAAUAGUCAAACAGGUGAUUGAGGAGCAAACAAACUCACCGGAUACCUAGCGAUGACCGGCCCUGCCAUUUUUACACUGUACCAGGAGUAUUCUUUGAUAAAUGUAAAAAAAAAGUUUUUAUGUAAAUAAAAUAUGGAAAAAAAACUCCA